AUGAUAAGCAAAGAUAGAGAUGUUGAAAAUAACAAGGAUAACUUCUUCUGUGGUGUAGUUGAAGGGUUUUACGGAAGACCAUGGACAACAGAACAGAGAAAAUUAUUAUUUUCUUGGAUGAAUAAGAUGGGUUUAAAUACUUACAUGUAUGCACCAAAAGAUGAUUCUAAACACAGAUCAUUUUGGAGAGAUCUAUACACAGUUGAGGAAGCAGAAAGUUUAACCAGUUUGAUAGAAGCAGCUACCAGUAAUAACAUCACAUUUGUUUAUGCCAUCUCACCUGGGUUAGACAUGACUUUCUCUGGUUCUAAAGAUGUCACAUUUUUAAAGAGAAAACUAGAACAGGUAUCAAUGUUUGGUUGCCCUGCCUUUGCUGUGUUAUUUGAUGAUAUUGACCCCGAAAUUAGUGAAGCUGAUAAAAGUGUGUUUCAAUCAUAUGCUUGUGCUCAAGUUUCUGUUACAAACGAAGUUUAUGAAUAUCUAAAUCAACCAAAGUUUUUAUUCUGUCCAACAGAAUAUUGUGCUAGUCGAGCUGUACCAAAUGUGAAAUGUUCAGAAUAUUUGAACACAAUUGGCUCUAAAUUAUUACCUGGUAUUGACAUUAUGUGGACAGGUUCCAAAGUAGUAAGCAAGAAAAUUUCCAUCCAACAGUUAGAAGAAAUAGGAUCAGUUUUAAGGAGAAAUCCAGUUAUUUGGGAUAAUAUCCAUGCCAAUGAUUAUGAUCCUCGUAGAAUAUUUCUAGGACCCUAUGAUGGACGAUCACCUGAAAUUAUUCCCUACCUCCGUGGUGUUAUGACUAAUCCUAACUGUGAAUUUGAAUCUAAUUAUGUAGCUUGUCACACCCUAGCUCAGUGGUGUAUGUCUAAUAUUGAUGGUGUGAAGAAGGAUAUCAUUCCAGGUAGCACCAUAUCAUCUGAUAUUAAACUGGAAACAGAAAGUGACUUUGGUUCUGAUGAUGACAUUCCAUGUUAUGAUGCAAGAUACCAUCCACAUGUUGCCUUACGAUCAGCCAUCAAUGACUGGUUGACAGAAUUAUCUGCUACACGAGCAGCACCAAGAAAAGCCAUAGAAUUAUCACCAGCAACUGCUCUAGUCAAUACCUGUGUGAUCAGUACACCUACCAUUUGUACAUUCCCUGAUAGCUCAACUAAUGUCCAAAUUCAAACACAAAUACCAGAUAUCGGAAACAAUAUGAUGAUUGACAACCAAUCUUUCUUACAACCAACCACGAUGAAUGUUGUAAACAGUUUAGUGGAGGAUGGAUUACCAGACUCCACUCCUAACUCCGCCCCAGAAUUAGAACCAAUGGAUUGCAUUCCAGCCAAUAAUAACAAUACUGAGAAAGCUGACCUGACCAAGGACACCUCUUCAGACAGUUUGAUGCAAGUUGAAGUAUCUGGAGAGAAAGCGAAAGUAGAAUGUUUGACCUAUGAUGAAGUAAAGUUGAUAGUUGAUAUGUUCUACUUACCAUUUGAAUUUGGCUCCAAUGCUACUGGGUUACUGUAUGAUUUACAUUGGUUGAGUAGUAAUGCUCAUCAUCUUAGUUCUAAAGACAAAGAGGAAGAGAAAUCCGAAUGGUUUGUAAUUGCUGCCAGAUUCAAGGAUCAAGUUAGUAAAUUAGAGAAGAUAGCUGACAAACUACAUCAUAUACCAAACCAGACCAUUUCUCAUGAAUUGUAUCCGUAUCUAUGGGAUAUUCGUGGUAUUUUACAGACUUGUUCAGCUUACAUUGAUUGGAUUGGAUCUGGGCAUGUUAAAGUUUAUGCAGGUCAUCUACAGAACAGAUAUACAUGGCAAACGAAAGGUUACAGAGAUACUUUCUGUAAUGGUGAACAAGAACCAUGGGUGUUCCGAGGUGGUCUACAAUCUGAACUACAACGUAUGUUACCAAUUGAUACGGCCCAUGAUUUGUUCAUUAUGAAACCACCAGAAGUAAUGGUUACUACCAAUUAUACAUUCAGACCAUAUAGACUUACUGAUGAGAGAUCUGUUUACAAUGUUUGUUUGAAAACAUGCGAUGAUGGCAUGGACGGCACUGAUGUGUUCCCCGAAAACUUAGAUCUAAUAGGAGACAGAUAUCUUGGAGGAUUUAUCAAUGCGAGUCCUGAAUACUGUUUUGUGGUAGAGGAUGACCAAGGUGUUUGUGGUUAUGCUUUAGCAUCAUUGGAUAGUAAAAUAUUACAUGAGAAAAGUGAAUCUGCAUGGAAACCAGCUAUGUGUGAUAAAUAUCCAAAACCAGACAAGGAAGAAAUGACACCUGCUGAUGUAAGUAUUUUUCACUCUGAUCAAAAGAUGGUACCUGAAUCUAUGUAUACUCUAGCUCCCUCUAUAAUUCGCUUAGAUAUUUUACCAAAUAGAAUAAAUGACAUCUCAGUGGCUAAACGACUCCUAGCUUGUACUCUAUCAGGACUUAAAACCAACGGUUCAAUAGGAGUUCAUUGUGAACUUAAUAUUGGAGACAAAUACAUGUUAGACUUCUAUGGUAAACUCGGAUUUUUCCCUUUGGCUGGUCCUGAAAGUGCAUCAGAAGAGGUGGUAUACCUUGGAAGAUUAUUAUGA